AGUGCAUGUGGCGGAAAAGGUGUGGACGUACAGAAAAUGUGUCAAGAUAAAUGUGUCAAGAGAGCUUCCUCACAGUUUGGUUUUUUUUUUAGUGUGUGUUUUAGUUUUCAUUUACUGCGAUGUUUGAAAGGUGAUGGGAUUUCUACUCCAAACGUAUUGCUAUAUCUUAUCGUGGACUCAACACCGGAAGAGAGUGAAGGGAGCAGUGGACACACUGUGUGGGCCAGGCACCACGGAAACGAUGAUUCUCUUUGCUUUGCUCCUGGUCACGGGCCUGUCGCGGGUGGAGACAAACGUCACCGUGUCUGGAAAACAAGCUGCAACCCUGAAGUGUCACGUCUGCGAGAUAGAGAAUAGUUUCGGUUGCACAAAUCCAUCCAACUGUCCUAGGGAUUUUCACUUUUGUACUUCCGUUGCCGUGAGAAUCUAUCCGCGUUUCUUCUAUGUUUCGAAGCAGUGCUCCAGGAAUUGUCCAGUAAGUGCUCCGUUUGCUCCGGGACUCAAGUCCUUUGUCCUCGUCAAGCCUAUGCCCUUCCUGUACGCGCACUGCUGUUCCGAGUUCUUGUGCAAUACGCAGGAGCCGAACAUCCGCGAGCCGGAAUUCAGAGAAGGCGGACGAGCAAGCCGCUUGAGGAGCAGCGGGGCCUGGCUGGCCGCCUUCCUGACUCUGUCCUCUGUGUGAGGGGCCUCGGGCGGUGCCUUGGGAGCGCGGCACCGAUGACCCGGACUCGCCGCAGGUGCUGGGAACCUCAGCAUUAAACCUGUUUUCCGCUGGUUAA